CCCAACAAGCAGAGGGAGAGCAAGGCAAUGGCUCGAGCCGCAGGUCGCCUGCGGCGUUUCCUUGCGCAGCUCUCGCACUCCGCGCAGUGGGCUGCCCGCCGGGGACCAGCGGCUUUCUGCAGCACUGCAAUAACCUCUGCUAAAGUGGAAGUGAAUGGCGUCCACCUGCAUUAUCAGCAAACAGGAGAAGGAGAGCAUGUUGUCCUGCUACUUCCUGGCAUGCUAGGGAGUGGCCAGACUGAUUUUGGACCACAGCUGAAGUCUUUGAACAAGCAACACUUCAAAGUUGUAGCCUGGGAUCCUCGAGGAUAUGGGAAGUCUAUCCCCCCAGACCGAGAUUUUCCUCCAGAUUUUUUUGAAAGAGAUGCAAAAGAUGCUGUCAGCUUGAUGCAGGCACUGAAAUUUAAGAAGUUCUCUUUGCUGGGAUGGAGUGAUGGUGGAACAACAGCACUCAUUGCUGCAGCAAAAUAUCCAAAUCUUAUCCACAAAAUGGUGGUUUGGGGAGCCAAUGCCAAUAUUACAGAGGAAGAUGUAAAAUGUUUCAAUGCUAUUCGUGACGUUUCAAAAUGGAGUGAAAGAGCCAGAAAGCCAAUGGAGGAAAUGUAUGGACAUGUGUACUUUAGCAAAAUCUGUGCAGCCUGGGUGGACGGAAUCUCCCAGUUUCUAUACGAGCUAGAUGGGAGUAUCUGUCAGUCUUUGCUGCCUCUUAUUAAGUGCCCAACAUUAAUAAUACAUGGUGAGAAAGAUCCAUUGGUCCCACGCUUUCACCCAGAAAAUCUUCACAAGCGUAUCGUAGGUUCACAGUUGUAUUUUAUGCCUGAAGGAAAACACAAUCUACACCUACGCUUUACAGAGGAAUUUAAUGGAGUGGUGGAAAAAUUUCUUCUAUAAAAUGUUAUUUAAUAUUUAUGGACAAGCACUUUUCUUUGCUCUUCCUAAUCAUGGUAUUGAUGUAAUUUCAGUUUGUCUCACUAUCAUGCAUUUAGCUGUUAUGAAGGAAGUGUGAAAGAAAUUGAAUCAAACUCCUUCUUGAUUUACAUUUAUUGUCCCCUAAGUUGUUUCCUAGCCAUCAUAUGUCAACAAUUGGCUAUAUGAAGUUAACCCCUUUAAAAAUAAUUACUAAGUGAGGAUUAAUUUCUGUCAUUUUCUGAUUAGGACUGCUGUAUUUAUGAGCAACUUUAAAGAAAUGUUAAGCAA